AUGUCUGGGGAAGGAACCACUGGCACUGGAGGCUCUCAAGUGGCACUUGUAACGGGAGGAUAUGAUCAUACUAUCAAACUAUGGCAAGCCCACAGCGGGGUUUGCUUGCGAACUAUGCAACAUCCCGACUCGCAAGUGAAUGAUUUGGAAAUAAGUCCAAAUGGUCAAAUGGUGGCUGCAUGUGGAUAUCAACAUAUAAGAAUGUAUGAUCUUGCCAGUGCUAAUCCAGAUCCUGUUUUAAACUAUGAGGGUGUUGUUAAAAAUGUGUCAAGAGUUGGCUUUCAGGAAAAUGGUCAGUGGAUGUAUACAGGAGGUGAAGACUGCACAGCUAGAAUAUGGGAUAUUAGAAUGGGUCAUCAAUUCCAAUGUCAGCGUAUAUUUCAAGUACCAGCCCCAGUCAAUGCAGUGGUUCUUCAUCCUGAUCAGUCACAGAUCGUGGUCGGUGGGCAGAGCGGCAUCAUACACAUAUGGGAUUUGAAGACUGAUCACAAUGAACAACUGAUACCGGAAGCGGAGACGAGCAUCCAGGACAUCGCCAUCGACCCGUCCGGCAAGUUGAUGGCGGCGGUCAACAACAAGGGCAACUGCUACGUGUGGUCGCUGGGCGGAUCGCCGCCGCGCCCGGUGCCGCGCAAACAUCUGCAGGCCCACAAGAAAUACGCUUUGCGAUGUAAAUUUAGCUAUGAUUCCACCAUGCUAGUGACGACGUCGGGCGACUGCUCGGCGCGCGUGUGGCGCACCAGCGACUGGGCGCUGCUGCGCGAGCUGCGUAGCGACGCCCAGCGCUGGGUGUGGGAUGCCGCCUUCACGCUCGACUCCAGAUACCUCUUCACAGGUUCAUCCGACAGCUACGCGCGGCUGUGGGACCUGGACAGCGGCGCGCUGGAGCGCGAGUACUGCGGGCACCAGAAGCCCAUCACCGCGCUCGCCUUCAGGGACCAGGCUGUG